UUUGUAACCCACUUGAAAAGGGCUGGACUCAUGGCCGAUUCACGAUCGUUCAAGGAAAAAUAUUAUAGGUUAAGAGAAAAGUAUGAAUUAUUAAACAAGCAAAGAGACGACUUGAAACAUAGUCUAGAGAUAACCAAGCAUAAGGCACGAAAGUUAAAGGAGGAAAAUAAUAGCUCAUCAUCUGAAGAUAUGAUAUUGUCCGAUGCUUCCUCUGAUGAGGAUGAUGCUAGCAUUACAGUAAUGAGCCGAUAUGAGCCAAAAUCUACCCGAGAAUAUCGACGUAAAGUGUCACCACGAAAAGGUCGUACAUCUCCUCAAGCAUCUAGUUCAAGCAAACCUGGUAAACGGAAGGCUGAUGAUGGAGUAGGUGCUGAUGAAAUACCGCAGAAGCGUCGUCGAAAGCCACCGGGUGUGAAAAAGAAACGGGAUGAUCGUACAGAUGCCAAAAGGAUUGAGCCUUUACCGAUGAAUUCUGAUAGCACAUUGAAAUUGCCAGUUACUAUUGGAAAAGGAACUAAUGAAGUGACAAUUUACAGGAUAGGUGAUAUCGUUUGGGAUAGGGAAGCAUAUCAUACUAAUCGUUAUAUAUUUCCUGUUGGGUUUAUGAGCAAAAAACAAUACUUGAGUGCCGUUGAUGUCACAAGAAGAACUACUUAUACUAGUGAAAUCUUGGAUGGUGGUGACACUCCAAUCUUUCAAGUUACUGCUGAAGAUCAACCUGGCCGGAAGUUUGUUGCGAGUUCAUCGAGUGGUGUAUGGAAAAAGAUUCUUGAUGAGAUCAAUGUGCAAGGAGUUCCAUCAAAAACGCAUGCUAGUGGUCCCGAAAUGUUGGGGUUAAGUCAUUUAGGUAUUACGAAAUACAUUCAGGAAUUACCUGGUGCGGAAAAAUGUACAAAAUAUGUUAUGCAGCGUUGGAUAGAUGACGAUCAACCUAUGCAAAUUCAGCCAACUAUUAAGCAUGAGCCUAUGGAAGAGGAUGAAGAAGAAGACAGCAGGUCGGCAAUGACGAAUGGUCAUGCUCAUUUUGAACAUCAAAUAAAACAAGAAGCU